UCAUCGUCUUCACUAGGUUUUGAGCUUUUGAGUGUCCCCUCUCUCUCUCUCGGUCGCAAUAUGCCUAAGCAAAUCCACGAGAUCAAAGACUUCCUUCUCACCGCAAGAAGGAAAGAUGCACGCUCUGUGAAAAUCAAGAAAAGCAAAGAUGUUUUCAAGUUCAAAGUUCGUUGCUCCAAGUACCUGUACACGCUUUGCGUGUUCGACUCCGAGAAGGCUAACAAGUUGAAGCAGUCUCUCCCUCCCGGUUUGAGUGUGCAAGACGUGUGAAAUGGGGACCUUGACUGAACCAAGCGCGUCAUAUGGUUAUUGGUAGAAAAGAAUGGGUUUUGUUGUUUUAUUGGAUGCUUUUUCACAUUGGUAGAAAUACCUCGUUUGUAAUGGAUUUGGGCUUGGUGUUCUCUUGAAAUCUAGGAGGAUGUCAUGAACUCCUUAAACGCAUUUGGAAACUCAACUUUCAAUUUUGCGUAAUUGCAGUUUUGGUUUGGUAUA